UCGGCGUGUAAAUCUUCAGUUUCUGAAACUUAGGUUUGUGUGUGCUCAUAGUUCCCGAAGGUCGAACGCCUUUGAGCUGCUGUUUUACAUCAGUAUUUUUUACCAGAUGGACUUAAGUUCGUUUCACACAAACACCCUUUAAGUUUUCUUUUAGUACCACCGGCGUCUUAACUUUUUAUUCACUCAUUUAUGUAGGAUCUUUGACUUUUUUUUGCACACUCUCCUUAGCCGUUCUCCAGUCUGUGAUUUAUCGGUUUAUUGAAGUUGUUUUAGCGUUCAGUGAUGAUGUUGAAGAGGAAAAUGCACAUCCCGCAUCCGUUCGUUCAUGAAGUGAAUCUCUCAGCAGCUCGGCGGAUUCAGGGAAUCAUUCUGGGCAUCGUUCUGUUUCCUGUCCGCAUCACCCUCACCACCCUCUUCUUCCUGCUCAUGUGGCCCAUCGCUCGGCUGCGAUUGGCCGGUCUGUCGGAGGCGGAGCGGGCGGAGCCUGUGCGAGGCUGGCGUUGGUGGCUCUUCCAUCACAUCAUGGUGUUCCUCAGCCGGGCCGUCUUCUUCUCCGUGGGCUUCCUGUGGAUUAAGGUCAAAGGGCGUCAGGCGGGAUUGAAGGAAGCGCCGGUUUUAGUCGUAGCGCCUCACAGCAGUUUUCUGGACAUGCUGGUGCUUUGCACGACGGGUCUGCCGGUCGUCGUGUCGCGGUCGGAGAACUGCAAACUACCCGUCAUAGGAGCGCUGUUGGAGUUCAAUCAGUCGGUGUUAGUGAGUCGAAAAGAUCCUGAAUCCAGGAAGAAAUGUGUGUCUCAGAUCAGUGAGAGAGUCACGUCUGACGGCCACUGGCCUCAGAUGCUCAUGUUUCCAGAAGGAACGACGACUAAUGGCCGAGCUCUGAUCAAAUUCAAACCCGGUGCGUUUCUGGCUGGCGUUCCCGUUCAGCCCGUCCUGCUUCACUAUCCCAGUGAACCGGACACGGUUCGCUGGACAUGGAAAGGACUGACGUGGCUUGGUGCUCUGUGGCACACCACCUCUCAGAUCUACACCAGUGUCACUGUGGAGUUCCUGCCCGUCUACACGCCGUCACAAAAGGAGAAGCAGAACCCAGACCUGUACGCAGAAAAUGUACAGAAACUCAUGGCCAAAGCUCUGCGUGUUCCUGCCACCGAUUAUGUGAUGGAGGGCCGAUUUCCUGUUAAAAAGCUUGGAAACCUCUCGCUUCCCCUGGAGCCUCCAGCACAGGAAACGCUCAAACUGCUCCGUGAACACAGUCUCACUAACGCUCACGUGGAGGCCGUGAUGAAUCACAUGAUUGACACCUGUCACUCAGGCCAGAGCACCAUGGUAACGGCCGAUCACCUGACCGCUCUUUUGGGGCUGAAAGAUAAAAAGACGGCGGUGAAGAUCUGCUCGCUUUACUCGAAGGAUGAUACGGUGGAUCUGAGGCAGAUCUGUCUGAGUGUUUCUGCCGUUUCUGGAUUCAGGAGUCUGGAGUCUCUCAUAAACACUGCGUUCACGUGGUACGACACCGACCAGGACGGCUUGUUAAGUGCAGACGAUCUGUCUGGCCUGAUGGGGGCGCUGGUGGGCGUCCCUCAGUACGGGAUCGCAGACAUGUACACAGCGCUGACCACUAGAGGGCGUCCGACCGAAGCUUCUCUGCAAGACUUACUGCUGACGCAUCCAGUUUAUCGGAAAGUGUUUACCGAGUAUCUCAACUCCGUUGGGCUCGCGGACGGAAAUCACAAUGGGGUUCCCAAUGGGAAAGCCAACGGCAACAACAACGGGAUUUAUAACGGUUAUGAAGCGACCAGUAGAAAGUCGGACUGAGGGACGUCGUUUAUUCAGUAGCUGCGUCGCAAAAACCGGGACAAAUGUCUGCAAAUAUGUGACAUCUUUAUAUCGAGCCGAGUGUCUGACUGAACAUGGACUGUGAGCGCGUGUUGAGAAUGAAAGGGUUACGUUUACGUGUGCGAGUGUCUUAUUCUUAAUUUGUCCUGCUUUCAUGUGAGUCUCUGUGCUGGGAAUGAUACUGUGAGAAAAUACCACUAAUUAACGUGCCUUAGAACAAAUAACGAUAUAUAUUUUAUCAUGAAGUCUGAAGGAUCUGUAUGUGUAAUUAAAAAUGUACGUUUGUCAUUUUAAGCUUUGUAUAUUGACAAAACCAAAGAUGUACUAUACUGCGAAGGAAUUCUGUUGUAGUGUCAUAUUUUAUACUUUAAUAUAUUAAAAUUCUUAAAUAAAGACGUGAUGUUUU